UCAAGUCCCGCCUCUUGGGCAGACGAGCCAAUUGGGUCGCGAGUUGUGGUUUAAACGGGAGUGAGCCGCGCCCGCUAGCAGCGGUUUUAGAAUAAUCCAGAAUGGCUACUCUGAUCUUUGUCGAUAAGGAAAAUGGAGAACCAGGCACCCGUGUGGCUCCUAAGGAUGGACUGAAGCUGAAGUCUGGGCCUUCAACCAAAGCCUCAGAUGGGAGAUCUCAGGUUUCAACACCACGUGUUGGCAAAAUAUUUGAUGCUCCACCAGCCUUACCUAAAACUGCCAGAAAGGCUUUGGGAACUGUCAACAGAGCUACAGAAAAGUCAGUAAAGACUAAUGGACCCCUCAAACAAAAACAGCCAACUUUCCCUGCCAAAAAGGUGACUGAGAAGACUGUUAAAGCAAAAACCUCGGUUCCUGCCUCCGAUGACACCUAUCCAGAAAUAGAAAAGUUCUUUCCCUUCAAUCCUCUAGAUUUUGAGAGCUUUGACCUGCCUGAAGAGCACCAGAUUGCAGACCUCCCCUUGAAUGGAGUGCCUCUCAUGAUCCUUGAUGAGGAGAGAGAACUUGAAAAGCUGUUACAGCUGGGCCCCCCUUCACCUGUGAAGAUUUCCUCUCCAGCAUGGAAAUCCGAUCCGUUGCAGUCUCCUUCAAGCAUUCUGUCAACGCUGGAUGUUGAAAUGCCACCUGUUUGCUAUGACAUAGAUAUUUAAAUUUCUUAGUGCUUUAUAGUUUGUGUGUGUUUAUAUUAAUAAAGCAUUUCUUUAACAGA